CUCUCUCUCUCUCUCUCUCUCUCAUUCGAUCAAAUCUCCUUCCUUUCCCCUCUUUGUGUGCUUUUUAUAAAUAGUGAAGGAGAAGCAAGCCACUCCUCACCUCCGCUCCGCGGCUAUUCUCAUCUCAACAAACAAUCUCUCCAUCUACCACCGAAAAUCACAGGCAGACAGCAAAUCAAACGGCAAAUAAUUAACCAACGAAAAUCCCAAAUACCCAGCGGAGAGGAGGAGGAGAAGAAGAAGAAGAAGGGUGUCCUUAAUCUUUUCCUUGCCCAUCUAUCCAAUCCAAUCUAAUACCCGUAAAAGAGCCCCCUUUUUGGAUCCCAAAAAAAAAAAAAAAAGGAGAAGGAGAAGAAAAACGCCGACUUUUCGGUUUGUGGGUGCUUCAAAGUUUUGAUCUUUCUUUGUGGGAUUCGUCGUUUUUAUUUCUCUGGGGAGACAGAGGAGACGAUGGCGAGUGCUUGUGGGGUGAUUGGGAAGAACGGGUCUUCGUGGGUUCAGCUCAGGGAGAGGAGCAUGAGGAAGAAGAAGAAGUCCGGUAGCGGUGAGAGGAACAGCAGCAGGGUCAAGGUCUCCUGUUCUCUAUACUCUCCGUCGGUCAUGGAUCCUUACAAGACGCUGAGGAUCCAGCCCGGCGCUUCCGAGUCUGAGGUCAGGAAGGCCUUCAGGCAACUCGCCCUCCAGUACCAUCCAGAUGUGUGCAGAGGAAGCAAUUGUGGGACUCAAUUUCAUCUGAUCAAUGAAGCAUACGAUAUUGUGAUGAGUAACUUGAGGGGAGAACCAGAUGACACAUCUUCUCCACGGAUGAGCGGAUCAUAUUAUGAUCGAGGGAUCGAUGAGCCAUGCUGGGGAAUGAACGAUCCCGAUUGGGACGUGUGGGAGGAGUGGAUGGGCUGGGAAGGAGCGGGGAUCCGCGACUACUCGUCUCACAUUAAUCCUUACAUAUGAAUAUGAAUUCCCCUUCCCUUAUAUAUUUUAGAAAGGGAAUAACUUUAUUAAUUUUUAAUGUAUAUGUACGUAGUAUUUCCGGACCGACCCACAGUUCCUAAUCCUCAUUCGACCAAAAGUGGUUGAUUUCUUGUAUAUAGAUUGAGGACGUUGGGGGGAUUAAAGUCUUUGUUCAAAUGUGUAUGUAUAUAUAUAUGGAUGUAUGUGUUAAUAUUAAUAGUUGGGAUGGUGAUUAUGAUCCUUGCAUUAUGAAGUGGAUCCCAUGUUAUUUA